AGUGGGCACGCGCACUAGCUGGUGUCCGUGCCGCUUGCCCCUCGCGCGCAACCACAGGUGGGCACGCGCGCUGGUCGGUAUCCGCGCCGCUCGCGCCUCGCACGCACCGACAGGUGGGCACGCGCGUUGGCCGGUGCCCGCGCAGUCCCUCUCCCUGAGCCUGAAUGGAGCGCUCUGUCCCUCACACUCAGGGUGUGGAAAUGGCGGCGGUUGGCAGCGCCGUGUGUGUGGCGGUGCUGCAGCUCGUGUUGCUGGACGGAGUCGCCUCUUACAGCUUCCCGGCGAAUUACACGAUUCAGUACUGGGCAGGGAGGAUUGAACAAGAGCUGGAUCGAGUAGUGCGACAAGUCAGUGGGAUUCAACAGCUCAAAGCACUGUAUGAUGACCAUAAACAUCUAUUUGAUAUCAAAGAGAACAUGGCCUCCACACUGGUGGAAAGAGUGGCUGGUGAUAUCGAGAAGCUCUUGGACAAGAAAGUGGAAGCUCUGGAGAGACUGGCCAAGGCCGCAGAGCAGUUUCAGAAGGAGCACCGUUGGCAAGAUGACAUUAAGGAGCGAGACGUUUUAUACUUUGAUGCAAAAGCAGGAACAUCUGAUGGUGGUGAAAGAGAUGAUGAAAUCUCAGAUGGGGAGCAAAUUAAUCCUCUCCAGUUGGAGUUUGUGGAUGAUCCGAACUUCAAGGUCAAAGUCAAUUAUUCUUACAUGGCAGUACAGAUCCCAACAGAUAUCUAUAAGGGCUCAACUGUUAUCCUUAAUGAGUUGAACUGGACAGCUGCUCUGGAGGAUGUAUUCAAGCGUAACCGAGAAGAGGACCCCUCACUGCUCUGGCAGGUUUUUGGUAGUGCCACAGGUGUGACCAGAUAUUAUCCAGCAACUCCUUGGGGCCUUCCCAAUAAGAUUGAUCUGUACGAUGUACGACGGAGACCCUGGUAUAUUCAAGGUGCCUCAUCCCCCAAGGACAUGAUGAUUAUAGUAGAUGUGAGCGGUAGUGUCAGUGGCCUUACGCUGAAGCUAAUGAAGACAUCUGUCAUUGAGAUGCUGGACACACUGUCCGAUGAUGACUAUGUGAAUGUUGCAUCGUUCAAUGACGAAGCCAAACCAGUGGCCUGCUUCAAGCAUUUGGUUCAAGCCAAUGUACGGAAUAAGAAGGUCCUCAAAGAUGCCGUGCAAGACAUGAAUGCCCAGGGAGUGACAGAAUAUAAAUCAGGAUUCAAUUAUGCCUUUGAUCAGCUACUCAAUUCCAGCACAAACAUUCGAGCAAACUGUAAUAAGAUGAUAAUGAUGUUCACAGAUGGAGGAGAGGAUCGAGCCCAGGAUGUCUUUGAGAGACACAAUUGGCCCAAUAAAACAGUCCGUGUCUUUACUUUCUCAGUUGGACAGCACAACUAUGAUGUCACACCUCUACAGUGGAUGGCUUGUGCAAAUAAAGGAUAUUAUUUUGAAAUCCCAUCCAUUGGAGCAAUUCGGAUCAAUACUCAGGAGUAUUUAGAUGUUCUUGGUCGUCCUAUGGUGAUGGCAGGAAAGAAAGCCAAAAAGGUUCAAUGGACUAACGUUUAUCAGGAUGCUUUGAGCCUUGAGCUGGUGAUUACAGGAACAAUGCCAGUUUUCAAUGUCACUGUGGAGAAUGGCCAGCAGAACCAGCUCAUGCUCGGAGUUAUGGGGAUUGAUGUUGCUCUCGAUGACAUCAAGAAACUCACCCCCCGCUACAAUUUAGGUGGCAAUGGGUACUUUUUCGCUAUCGAUCCAAAUGGGUAUGUCCUGUUCCAUCCAAACCUACAGCCAAAGAUUAUAAAUUUUCGAGAGCCAGUGACUCUGGAUUUCCUGGAUGCAGAAUUGGAGGACGAAAACAAAGAACAGAUAAGGAGGAACAUGAUUGAUGGGAAGAGUGGUACAAGUGACAUCCGAACUCUACUCAAAUCCCUGGAUGAGAGAUAUAUUGAUGAAGUAACUAGAACAUACACAUGGAGCCCAGUGCAAAGUGCUGAUUACAGCUUGGCCUUGGUGUUGCCACCAUACAGCAGAUAUUAUAUCCAAGCAAAGUUGGAUGACCAAAUCCUUCAAGCUCAGUUCCAAAACAACAACAAGGAUUUUGAAUCCUUGUUACCCAGCUCCUUUGAGACCGUGGGACAUGUAUUCAUUGCUCCCAGGGAAUACUGCAAGGAUCUUGUCAAGUCAGACAACAACACAGAGUUGUUAUUCAAUUUUAUCAGUCUGAUGGAUAAGAACACUCCUGACUACAAGAACUGUGAUUCAAGUCUGAUCUAUAAUCUGAUCCUGGAUUCAGGGGUUACUGCCAAACUAGUGGAGAAAGUUUGGAGGAAUCACGACUUGCACACGCUAGGUCUCCUGGCAGUUUUUGUGGCCACCGAUGGAGGAAUUACGAGAGUUUUUCCAGCCAAGGCGGCAGAAGAGUGGAAUGAAGACCCCGAGCCCUUCAGUGCAAGCUACUACAGGAGAAGUCUGGAUAACAGUGGUUUCCUUUUCCAUGCACCAUAUAGGGAACCAAAUAGUAUGAUUAACAUGGACCUCAUAAACAACAGUAUCGGGAUUCUGGUGAGUGCUGCUGUGGACCUUCGCAUCUAUGGAAAAUCCCUGAAACCUGCAGUGGUUGGAGUGAAGUUGGACUAUGAAGCCUGGGUGUCAAAGUUUAAAAUUCUAGCUAGUAACCAGACUAACAGAGACCAGGUGGAACCACGCAAGUGUAUGCCAACUUCCAACUGUGAGAUGGACUGUGAUGUGAACAGUGAGGAUCUGUUGUGUGUGUUAAUUGAUGACGGAGGUUUCCUGAUCAUGUCCAACCAGCCUGAACACUGGAGCCAGAUUGGUAUGUUCUUCAGUGAGGUAGACGCCAGCUUGAUGAAUGCACUCUACAAUGCUUCAUUCUACAUGAGAAAGGAAUCAUAUAACUAUCAGUCAGUAUGUGGACCACCAUCUAACACUGACACAGGAGCUGCACCCAGGUCCAUUUUUAUUCCUACAGUUGCUGAUUUCCUGAACUUGGCAUGGUGGAGCUCAGCUGCUGCCUGGUCUUUAUUGCAGCAAUUGCUAUACACCCUGACCUUACAAUUCAGCUUCCAAACAGAUGAUACCUUUGCAGACGGUAUUGAACUGAAAGAGACGAGCUGUGUCACCAAGCAGACACAAUACUACUUUGGCAACAACAGUAGAUCCUACAGCAACUUAAUUGACUGCAGUAACUGCUCCAGGUUUUAUCAUGCACAGAGACUGGCUAACACCAACCUUCUCUUUGUGGUUGCCGAGAAGCUAACUUGUAGUCAGUGUGACCGAAGCAAACUGAUCCAGUCUGAGGUGCGAUCUGAUGGACCAGAUCAGUGUGAAGAGGUGCUGAAGCCUAGGUAUCGGAAAGCACCUGAAGACUGUUUUGAUUACAAUGCAGCAGAGAAUACCUCAGACUGCGGUGGUGGAACCAUGUUGACGUUCUCCAUCUCCCUCUUACUAGCCCUGCAGUUAUUUCUCCUGCCUUGGACUGCCGAUCUGAAUCUCUUUCCCUGGGCCAGCAGUCUUUGAUUUGGGACCUUAUGUAACUAGAUGUCAGCUGUGCAACUCUCACGGCUGAGGACUUCCCUUCCCCCGGAAGCCUAAUUCCUCAUUCCAGUCUCACAUCUCCGUGUUGUCGUGUGGUGGAGCUGCAAACUGUGUGUGUGUGUGGAGCUGGUCUAUUGUGGUCGUUUGGACAACCAGUACUUUCCUGACAAGAACUUAUGGGGAAAGCAGGAUUUCAUGGAUCUGCUUUGUGGAAGACCCUUUACAUGAAUACGAAGUUGGGAAAUACAAGAGGAGCCUAUCGUCCCCUUGUGCAGAACCCAUUGCUUUCCCAGACUUUCUCUUUCCAUUUAAUAGGAGACCCUGGCAGUUUCAAUGUUACUGGAUAGCAUUACUUCUGUUGGUAUAUUCAGCUUCUAUCUGCUAUUGAAGCGGGUUGCAUUUAUUUAUGCACUAUUUAGUUUUGAUUGACAACCAAGUCACAGGGCAACUUCCUAACAGACGUGACUGUAACUGUAAUGUAAUUACAUAAGCAGUCAGGAUAGCAUGUAACUCAUUAGCACCUUGGAGUUGGCAGCUGCCUUCCUUUUUAUACUGCUGCUUCCAUUUUUAUUCAGGGCAAACUCUGUCCUCAGUAGUGAACUAUGUACCUCAAGUUAUUUUAAACUCAUUUUAAAUGUUCCUUUGUCUGAGCACAGGGACUGCGACCAGGCAGAAACCCCUCAAAGGUCCAGGAUCUCCAGCUGUUGUCUGCAUCCCACUCCCAAACUGGGCUGUAGCUGUGGAACAGAUAUGCAGGCACAAGUCACAGGUAACAUUAGACAGGUCCAGAUGAAACCAAGUCAGUGUUAACAGUUGUUUUGCACACUUUGUACAUGUGAGGUAAGUGAGGAGAAAAGCAGAGCUGGGAGGGGAAGUGAGAUUGGCUUUCACCGGUGGUGAAGGAGCUUUGUUGUGCACUCCUGUUUCACUGUGUUCUGCUUAUAGAUAACUGUAAGUGAGCUACAGUGAUUUGAGAAUGUGUGUAAUAUGUUAUUGAAGUUGCUUGAGAGUAUUGUCAAGUUCCCAACAAGAUGUUACUUGGAAUUAAGAGAGUAUGUUACGUUAUUUGUAAACUGAAAGGGUGUUGCCUACAGACAGACUCAUUAUUUGUGCAUCUGUUCCGUAAGGAAGAUCAACACUUUGAAAGAAUAAUAUCCAGGAAAUCAUUGAACAAAAUUCAAUAAGUGUAGCAUUUAUAAGACAUGUUACGUGCUGUGAUCUUGUGAAACUAUAGACACUCUAGAUGCCUAUAGUGGUUGAAAUCUCAACACCUGCUAGAUAUCAAACCUCCGUGUGAAUACGAUUAUCGCGAUUAGGGAUUUUUAAAUCUCUACCAUCAGCAGUGGACAUUAUUCUUUAGAUAUGUUACUUAGACACAGUUGUUGACUCAUAAAAUAAACUUCACAUCCAAACACUAUUUAUCGUCUGUUACUCUUGCUGUCCUCCCUAGUCCUAUGUUCAUGUAAAUAACUCAAUAAGGAACAUUUUGCCUCUCACUAAAUGUCUCUUAAUGUGUUCAGACUGUACCUGUCAUGAUGUAUAGAACUCACUUGUCAAUGACACAUUUUAAAUAUUUAGACUGUUGAAGGGUAAAUAUCUGUGCUUCCAGAAAGUUUAAAUGAACUGCAAAGAAUUUUUGUUUUAAAAAACAAAGAGCUAGGAGACAGAGUAUUUUCAAACUAUAUCUGACCCUGCACUCAUUGCAGUCAAACUCAAAUUGUGCCAGACUGCCCCUCCCAGAGGUAUUAUAUAUGCUGCUCUGUUCUGAAGUGAAAAGGGUUAGGCCUGAACAUCAGCAGAAACCAACAUUAGGAAGUCAGUGUAUCAAUAAACCUUCAUCAGCAAACAUCCUGAUACUUUACUUUGUUUACAGUAUCAAAGGCACUUAUAUAAGUUGUUCCUAUUUUGUCUUUUUGCUUCUGUUUACUAAAUACCUCUAUCUCAACAAAACUAUCUAUCUCAACAACUCCUAUCUCAUUAGGAAACAUCCACAUCUUGAGUCUCACUGAAAAAAGGUGCACUUUGUUGAAGUGUUUUUAUUUUGCACACAUCAGGACAAUUCACAAAUACCAAUUCAAGAGAAAAACCAACAUUUAUACUGCAUUUGAGAACAGUACAUAUUGAUCAGCAAGUGGACCCUAAUUGGUAGAGGCAUUGCCAUGGAGAAUGUAUCAAAUGAUGAUUGAUGGUUAAUUGCUAGUGUUUGAGUUUAAAAUUUACGCAACCUGCUAAUUUUAAAUUCAAUGCUAAUUGGUGUAGGCAUUGCUAUGGAGAAUACACCAGUUAAUGAUGAUUGAUGGUUUUAAAAGGCAGAUUGAAAUUUAAAGAAGUUUAAAAUCUAUACAAGCCUGGUAAUUAACCAUCAAUCAGCAUUAAUUUUUCACACAGCUAGGAGUUAGGGUAUGGAGUGCACUGCCGGGAAGAGUGGUGAAGGUACAUUCAACUGAGACAAUCAAGAGGGCAUUGGAUAGAAAUGGUGUGUAGGGAUAUGGGGAAAAGGCAAGAGACUAGCAAUAGGAAGUAGAGCCAGUGCACGGACAAUGGGCCAAAUGGCCUCCUGCACUGUUCUUUAAUUGUGUGAAUUGCUGUGUUCUCCAUAUAGCAACACUAAUACUGAUCAGAAUCUACUUGCCAACCAAUCAGUAGUCUCUUUUCAUGCAGUAUAAAUGCUAGCUUUCCCUUCAGUUGGUACUCCUUGUGAAAGUCCUUACGAGUGCCAAGACAAAAAGCUUCGACAAAAUAUGCCAAUAAAAUGGAAAGAUUCGGAGAGAGAGAGAUAAACCAACCCUGGCUAAUCAAGAAAAUUAAGAAUAUAACAUUGAAAGAGAAUAUGAGGAGGCAAAUGUCAGUGGCCACAAAAAUUGGGAUAAAUUCAGAAUCAGUAAAGGAGGACUAAAAAGAUUGACAAAGAGGGAGAAAGUAACUAUGAGGACAAACUAAAAAGAAAUAUAAAAACUGACACUGAGCUUCUUAAAAUAUAUAAAAAGGAAGAGAGAGGUCAAGAUGAAUAUAUAUCCCUUAAAACAUGAAACAGGGAGAUAGUUAUGGAAACUAACUUCAUCAACACCCUUAUUCAAUUGGCAAAACUGGUCCUCAUUCUCAACAACUUCACCCUGAUCUCAAGUUCACAUGGGCCAUCUCCAACACCUCCCUCCCUUUCCUGGUCGUCUCCAUCUCCAUGUCUGGCGACCAACUCAACACGGACAUCUAUUUAAAACCCACCAACUCCCACAGCUAGCUUGACUACACCUCCUCCCAUU